UAUAGCAGUAAAAACUCAGAAUAACCUUAAUUUAUGUUAUUGUCAAGUAAGAAACUAGUUUUCAUGUGAUAUUUGAAUAUUUGACUCUAUUUUAAUUUAACAUAUUUCAAAGACAUGUUAGCCAAGACUGGUCUGUUAAUUGUAUCCAAUCCUCAGCAAAUUAGUAAGGUUUUACGUUCGAUACAAAAUAGAGUUCAAAGUACACUUUACAUACAAUUGCUAUCUGCGUUAACGGAUCAGUUAGGAAACUUUUGUCCUGGAGUUUUUACAACAUGGCCCAAGUUUAAUAAGACUAUAUUUGGUAUUUACUCUCAGGCUGCAAAAUACUGCAAUGAUUUGGAUGUUCAAGUUCUACUGUCUGGUCUGAAAUACAACAUACCACAAAUUAAAACAAGGAAUCCAAUUGAUAUAGUUAUUUUUGAUAAGGAAUAUACCGAAAAUGAAAUUAAUAAUUUCAUUAAUUUAAGACUCUCCAAUGUUUCAAAAAAACAUGAUAUUUUAACAGUUCAUUGUGGCGGGCAUGAAACUCUCACUGAAGAAGAAGGUGAAGAGGAAAAAAUUGUUGAGCAUUCUGUAUUAGGAGGGACAUUUGAUAGGUUACAUGUUGCUCAUAAAUUGAUUUUAAGUGAAGCUAUUUUAAGAUCAAAAUCUAAAGUUACUAUUGGUGUAACAAAUGAAAAUUUGAUUCAAGGAAAACUACUCUGGGAAUUGAUAGAAGACAAAGAUACAAGGAUAAAAAAGGUCAAGAAUUUUAUCACUGAUAUAUGCCCAGAAUUGGAAUAUGAAGUUGUGGAAAUAUCAGACCCUUUUGGGCCGGCAAUUGUUGAUCCAACAAUGGAGUUAAUUGUUGUUAGUCCGGAAACUGUCAGAGGAGGGCAAAAGAUAAAUGAAAUCAGAAAAGAAAAACAGCUCCACGAACUUGAAAUUGUUUCUAUCAGAUUGAUAGAUGAACCAAAACCUGACCCUAUAGAAGAACCAAAAAUUAGUUCUAGCAAUACAAGAUUGAGACUCUUAGGAACACUUUUUAAAUCUGUGGAAAAAAAUGAUUGUAUACCUAAGAAGCCUUAUAUUAUUGGUUUGACAGGUGGGAUUGCCAGCGGAAAAUCUGGUGUGGCGGAGCACUUGCAAGAACUAGGAGGUUUGAUAAUCAAUUGCGAUAAAUUGGGACACAAUGCAUAUAAACCAGGUUGCCCGUGCUACAACAAAAUUGUACAACAAUUCGGGCGGCAAGUUUUAGAUACCAAUGGUGAAAUUGAUCGAAAAGUGCUGGGUUCCAUUGUUUUUAAAAAUCCUGAUGAUUUGAAUAAGCUGAAUGAAUUAGUAUGGCCGGCAAUUGCAGAGGAAAUCAAGAACAUAAUUAAGAAUACUGACAAGGAGAUUGUGGUUGUUGAAGCUGCAGUACUGCUAAGAGCUGGCUGGCAAAGACAAUGUCACGAGGUAUGGACCACCAUUGUUCCCCCAAAUGAGGCUAUUAGAAGACUAAUCUCCCGGAAUAAUUUAAAUGAGAGUGAAGCCAAAAAGAGGUUGGACGCACUACCACCCAACACUGAGUAUGUAAGACAUGCGCAUGUAGUGUUCUGUACUUUGUGGCAGAUAGAGUAUACAAAACUUCAAGUAAUUAAAGCUUGGAAUCUACUUCAGGCAAGAAUACCAUAAUAAAUUUUUUAUGUCUUCUUUAGAAAAUUUGGAAAUGUUAUGGGGUACAGGUAGUGGUAAUGUAGAAACAUUCAUUUGCAUUUUGUAUAGUGUGUAAACAAGAAUGAUCUAUUAAAAUGAUUUAUUUUUAUUAACCUUUUGAGUUUUAUUGUACAUAAUUUCUGCAAAAAGCUUAUUGAAAAAUGUGCUUGGAAUUUACUUCAGGCAAGAAUAGCAUAAUAAAAUUUUUUUUGUGUCUGGAUUUGACAGAAACAUUAUUUUUUUUAUGUCAUUUAGAAAAUUUAGAAAUGUUAUUAGGUAAAGGUAGGGGUAAUAUAGAAACAUUCUUUUGCAUUAUGUGUAGUGUAUAAACGACAAUGAUAUAUUAAAAUGGUUUAUUUUUAUUAUACACAACUUAUGCAAAAAGCCUAUUGAAAAAUGCGCAGGUGUGCAAGUAUUAAAGCUUGGAAUCUACUUCAGGCAAGAAUAGCAUAAUAAAAACUUGUCUUGAUUUAGAAUAUUUGGAAAUGUUAUGGGGUAAA